AUGAGAGUCUUCAGGCUAGUCUUCCUUGUGGUGUUUCUUGGAUGGCUCAUGAGUUGGAUUAUGUUGCCGACAAAGUUAUACAAAAAUAGGAGGACUCCCAGUGCCAAGCUAGACAGCAAACUUAAUUCAACAUAUUUUGCAGCACAAGGCACAAAUCUUCUGCUCUUUUCUUUCCCUGUCGUUUUCAUAGCUGCCUUAGGGUCUGUUUAUCUCCAUUUACAGAAGAAGCUGGAAAAGCCAAAAUCCAAAAGUGUUGUUACAAGAAAUCAUUUGUCCUUCUUAAGACGUCCAGCAAUUGUGAUGGCUCCUCUUGGAAUUGUGACUGCAAUGGAGCUUGCUUUUGCAGCCAUGUUUAUUGCACUCUUGAUCUGGUCUCUUGCCAACUACUUGUAUGUCAAUUUUGGGCAUCUCUACAUGAGUAAAGUAGGGGAGAAAGUGUGGAAAGCUAAGUUUCGAAGUGUGUCAUUGAGAAUUGGAUAUGUUGGAAACAUAUGCUGGGCAUUUCUCUUCUUUCCUGUCACACGAGGAUCUUCGAUUCUGCCUCUCGUUGGGCUUACAUCUGAAUCCAGUAUCAAGUAUCAUAUCUGGCUCGGUCAUCUUUCCAUGAUUCUUUUUGCUGCACAUACCGUCGGUUUCAUCAUAUACUGGGCGAUGACUAAUCAAAUGGCUCUGCAGAUGCUGGAAUGGAGCAAAACCUGGGUAUCAAAUGUUGCUGGAGAGAUUGCAAUUGUUCUUGCAUUAGCAAUGUGGGUGACUAGCUCUUACCGUAUUAGGCUUAAAAUGUUUGAGGUUUUCUUCUACACCCACCAACUAUAUAUUCUCUACAUAGUCUUCUAUCUAUUGCAUGUUGGUGCUGCCUACUUCUGCAUGAUAUUGCCUGGGAUCUUCCUCUUUAUCAUCGACCGAUACCUGAGAUUCUUACAGUCACAGCGACGGGCAAGAUUAGAGUCAGCUCGUCUCUUACCUUGUGGUAGUAUCGAGCUGACUUUCUCCAAGAGUCCAGGGCUGUAUUAUAAUCCAACAAGCAUACUUUUUCUAAAUGUCCCUAGCAUUUCGAAACUACAAUGGCAUCCUUAUACUAUAAGUUCAAGCUGCAAUAUGGAGCAAGAAAAGCUAAGUGUAGUUGUCAAAAGACUGGGAAGUUGGUCCCAAAAGCUUUACCAAGAAAUUUCUUCUCCGCUGGAACGUCUUGAAGUAUCUGUUGAAGGACCCUAUGGACCUGCUUCAUCUCAUUUUCUAAGGCAUGAGUUGCUGGUUUUAGUGUGUGGAGGUAGUGGCAUCGCUCCCUUUAUAUCCAUAAUCCGAGAGAUCAUGUCCGAAAGCUCGAAACCGAACUGUCAAAUUCCUCGAGUCCUUCUUGUUUGUGCGUUCAAGAACGCAGCUGAUCUUGCCAUGCUAGACCUUUUGCUUCCGAUCAAUGGCACACCUGCAAACAUAUCCCAAAUGCAGCUGCAAAUUGAAGCCUAUAUCACAAGAGAGGAAGAGCAGCCUAUCGCAGAUAACCUAAAGCUUCUCCAAACCAUUUGGUUCAAACCAAACCAAAUGGACUCGCCGAUUUGUGCAGGUCUAGGCCACAACAAUUGGCUAUGGCUUGGUGCAAUAAUAGCUUCAUCAUUUGUCAUGUUCCUUCUCAUACUAUGCAUCGUCACGCAAUACUAUAUCUACCCAAUUGAUCACAACACUGAGGAGAUAUACCAUUUUUCCUAUUUUGUACUUUGGGACAUGUUUUUGCUUUGUGCCUGCAUUUUUAUAACUUCUAGUGCAGUCUUUCUUUUCUGCAAGAAAGAGCAUGCCAUGGAAGGGAAGCAAAUUCAGAACUUAGAAGUUUCUACUCCUACAGCAUCACCAGGUUCAUGGUUUCACAACUCCGAUAGAGAGCUCGAAAGCCUUCCUCAUCAAUCACUUGUUCAAGCUACCAAGGUGCAUUUUGGUGCAAGGCCUGAUCUUAAAAGAAUUUUGUUCGAUUGCAAAGCCUCAGAUGUUGGAGUCCUAGCUUGUGGACCAAGGAAAAUGCGACAUGAGGUUGCCAAAAUUUGUUCAUCUGGUUUAGCAGAUAACUUGCACUUUGAAUCCAUUAGCUUCAACUGGUGA